AUGAAGGUUUAUGACCAGGUGAUAUUCACAGAACAGCUUUUGCACCACAGAUCUGUGGGCAACCAAAUCAAGGAGACACGGCGCCAUUGGGAGGAGCGGUGCUCUUGGUUUCCGGCUGCCCAAAGGUAUUUGGAAGCAAGGUGUUCUGAAAUUUACAAGGAGAGCCUUGAAAAGUACGGCAACGACCACUUCGAGUUCUAUGCAAAUAGAAAUCGCUUGAAGGAAGAACACAGGGUUAAUACCAAAUCAUAUAGACGUCGGGAAAGAAGAAGGUCUCAUAGACCCAUGGAUCAUUUAAAGGAUUAUAGGGUGUCACCAACUUCAAACGGGGAAUACGGAAGUGUUCGGCCAAUGCAACUACUUCAAUGGCUUUAGGAAUCUAAACGCAUAAAAUUGUAAAAUUUACAAAAACUAUAAUAGAACAGUAGCAUAAAUAAACAUAUACAUACAUACCUUACCAUAUGGCGGUAAGGUGUAUUGACCAUGAAUAGAAAAGAAAAAAUAAAACAUCGUUUAUUUAAACGUAUUCAGCUGUAUUUCGAAUUGGUUCAAAUUUCAAUUUCAAGGAGCCGUUGCUCACUUUUUAGGAUGGAGAAUCCAUUCUUUAUAGUAGCCACUUAUAAAGCAUUAAUAAAAAGAAAAUACACGUGUAUGACAUCUUUAAAAGUUUGGAAAAAAGGUUUAAAAAAAACCAAUUAAGGCUAGUCAUUCUUUCAAAAGAUUAACAUUAAAGAUCCCCCUUGAGAAAUUAACCACAUGCAUGAUACAAAUCCUUUGCCUUAUGCUAAUGCGGCUCAAACUGAGUCAGAGUUCCCCAAAGUCCGAUACAGAGCAGUUUAUGAGGAAACAAAAAAGGUGGAAAUGGUCGGAGACAUGCAAAAUGCGAAAACGCGCAACAAACCGCAAUCGAAUGCAUUCAAGUCCAAACAGAGUAACCAAGCAGCAAACAAAAGGCCAAAAGCAGUUCAUGACUCAUGCGAUGACUAGGGUUUCCAUAUGGUUAGGUACAUCGCAUGUCUGCCGGACUCACCUGGGCGUGAGAAAUGCAAUUCAAUGGCUCAUUUGCAUACAAAGCCGUUCGAUUGUGGGCCAAAGGCACCGAGGCGAUGGUUACAAAUGGCCCACAAACAGCUGCUGGUCUGGGCCAAAAUUUAUCUCGGACAUCUCAGCUUGGCAUUGAUCGACUGUAAAGGGGCGUAGACCCCCUACAACUUAGCCAAAAUGAAUGUUUCUUGUACAUAGCCAGCGACGUUUGAACUCAAAUUUACUUAGGAUCUAAGCGAAAUAAAUCCUCGGCAACUCUGUAAGCUAAUCUACGUCUAAAUCUAAGCAAAUCUUGUGCGUGUUGUAAAUUCAAAAUUAAAACAUAACUAAACCAAGCCCAGAAGGGCGCAAAAAAUAAAUUCUAUGUCGGUUUUAGCUAAGUCAAGAACUAACCUUCCUUCAUUUUGAACUUUGUUAAUACUUUAGUUUACCAUUUAUUUGUAAGUAUUGGAAAAUAGAAUGUUUGACAAAGAAAGUAAAAACAAGAUAGUUUGUAAAACUGAACAUGAAAAUGAAAAAUAAAUUAAGUCAAAAAAAGCAGGCAAAA